AUGGGCGUCGUCUUCGACAAGGCCCGGUACUUCAACCGGAGGCUUGCGUUUUCUAUCUUUGUUAUUGCCGUCUCUACGUUCAAUUAUGGCUUUGACAACCAAGCCUUUGCCACGACCCAGGCCAUGGAGGCCUUCACUAGGCGUUUUGGGGAGUAUGAUGAGAGUACUGGGAGCUACGCAAUUAACUCCCAGUGGCUGGCCCUCUUCAAUAGUUUGAAUUAUAUUGGCUUUGCGGCAGGUGUUAUCAUCGGUAGUUUCAUCUCAGCACGCUUUGGACGGCGUUGGUGUAUGUUCGUCAUGAGUGUCUACGCCCUUAUCACGGCUACCAUAAACGUCACAUCCAACUCGAAUGAACAAAUAAUGGCCGGCCGUGUUCUCAACUACGUAUAUGUUGGGAUGGAACUGUCAGUGGUUCCCGUCUUCCAGUCGGAAAUAGUUCCUGCGCCAAUUCGCGGCUUCAUCGUUGGGACAUAUCAGCUCAGCCUCACUCUAGGUGGUGUGGUAAUUAAUGCGGUUUGUUACGGGACGAGCCGCCUCCAGGACGACCGAGCAUGGCGUAUCCCACUCGGCUUGUUUUAUAUAGUUCCUACUCUCAUCGCCGCAUCAAUAUUUUUUCUCCCUGAGUCCCCAAGGUGGUUACUUCAACGGGGCCGAGCGGAGGAAGCUAAGUUUAGCCUAAAGAAGCUCCGUGAAGGGGCAUUCACAGAGGAGCAGGUUGAGACAGAGUUUAGAGAGUUGGAGUUUGCUCUCGAAAACGAGGUAGAGCAGGGAAAGUUCAUUGAACUGUUCAAGGGAAAGAAUCUCAAGCGCACGCUUAUUGUGGUGGUCAUCAACUUCUUCCAACAGGCAACUGGCCAGGCCUUUACCUCCCAAUAUGGUGGGGUUUAUGUCCGUUCCCUGAAGAUCUUCGACCCAAUGUUAUAUACACUCAUGAGCAGUUGCAUCAUGUCCGCUGUCAUGAUAUGUAUACUAUUCAUCGCUGAUAAAGUGGGAAGACGAAAGCUACUUAUGCUAUCAUCUGUUAUAAUGAUAGCCGGCCUCAUGACCAUGGCUGGCCUCGGCGUCCAAGAACCGGUGACAACACCAAGAAUGAAGGGAGUGAUCUCUCUGAUGGUUAUAUUUGGUGUCGGAUUUGCCAGCGGAUGGGGGCCAUUGACCUAUGUGGUGGUGACGGAAGUCACGUCGCAGCAACUGCGAGACCAUACAUCUCGUCUUGGGUUUGCCAUAAACGUCUGUUUCAAUUUUGCCGUUAACUUCUCUGUCCCAUACCUUGUCUUCCCCGAUGAAGUAGGCUUGGGUAGUAAAGUGGGGUUUAUAUUCGGGGCUGUUGCGUUCCUGUCACUCAUAUUCACUUACUUUUGCGUACCUGAAUGCAAGGGCAAGACACUGGAACAGGUUGACUGGCUAUUUAAGAACGGUGUCCGGCUGCGCGACUUUGGCAACACCGAUGCGUCUGGAAUGCUGGGUGGAGGAUCAACAGGGCCAAAGGAAGCUGAUAUAGAAGCCACUUACAAAACUCCAGAAGGGUAUGUACAGCAAAGGAAAGAGUCGCCACCCUAG